AUGGAAUUCUUCCUGCUUCUAGGCCAGGCUCCCUUGCGUUUUCUGGCUGCAGCGCGACGGCGAAGUGCGAGCAGAUACUGUGCCCUUUGUAUGAAGGACUCGGACACCGAAGAUCGAAAGGAGGGCAAGAGCGGGAUAAGGGAGCAAGAUCCGGAAGGGCUCGAGAAGCACGGCAACGUGGAUGACGACGCAAAGAGCGGGCACCAGGGUCUUCUUAUAAGACGCAACGAGUGA